UUUAUGCCGAAAUGCCGUUGGAGCCAGCUCUAUAACCAAAUGGAUAUCGCAAAUUGAAUCUUUCGAGUAAAGAGAAUUGGGAUUAAAUAUUUGCGAACGUGCGACGACGCCACGAUAUGUAUGCGGAUAAUAAACGUGGCCUAGACAAGGUGACGGCCGCCACCGCGCCCACCAUUGCCCUACAACAGCAGCAGCUACAACCACAACAUAUGCACCAUCAUGUGUUGCAAUUGCAACAACAGCAGCAGCAGCAGCAACAGCAGCAACAACUCCAACAGCAUCAGCAUUUGCAGCAUCAAAUGCAUACGCAUCAUAAUUUCCAGCCACACGAAACACCAGCAGCAUUGUCACAACAGCAGCAACAGCAACAUAUGCAACAGCAACAGCAGCAGCAACACCAGCAACAGACAGCACAACAGCAGCAGCAGCAGCAGCAACAGACAGCCGGCAUGUUUACAAGGUUCGAUGCCAACAAAUCGACCAAGGGCGCCUCCAAGAUGCGACGCGAUCUUAUAAAUGCCGAGAUAGCCAAUCUGAGGGAUCUGCUGCCAUUGCCACAAUCGACGCGCCAGCGACUCUCGCAGCUGCAGCUGAUGGCGCUGGUCUGUGUGUAUGUGCGGAAAGCCAACUAUUUUCAACAAGUCUUUAAGCGUCACAAUGCCAUGCACCAUCAUCAUCAUCAGACAGCAACACCAAAUAUUGGCUUCUCGAAGGCACUUUCCGGCUUCCUGAUGAUGCUCACACAAAAUGGCAAAUUGCUCUAUAUAUCGGAUAAUGCGGCCGAGUACUUGGGCCAUUCCAUGGAGGAUCUGCUGAUACAUGGUGACUCCGUUUACGAUAUCAUUGACAAACAGGAUCACGCAACCAUCCAGGCCGAGCUAAAUCGGAACGUGCCACCGCAGCCAGGUGGCAGCCAGGCAAACAGCAGCGCUGCUGGCGGCGGCGGCGGCGGCGUUGGCAUCAGCGGCGACUCAACGUCCAGCAAUGGCAGCGUUGGUGGUGUCGGUGGUGGUGGUGGUGGCGCCUCCAGUCUGGAGGGCGAGCAUCGCAUGUUCCUCUGUCGCAUGAAUGUUAGUCGCAAUGCGCGACGGCAAAUGCGUUUCGGCGAUCAAAAGGUUGUUCUCGUACAGGGUCACUAUUUGUCAUUUCUGCCGCUCUGCAGUCGAAACGAGCCCGUCUUCUUGGCCACCUGCACGCCCAUCGCCAUGCCCGAGACGCGCGAGUGUGUGGUGCAAGGUGCCACCAAUGUGUUUACCACAAUUCACUCGAUGGAUAUGAAAAUCGCGCACAUCGAUAAGAAUGGCGAGUUCCAUUUGGGCUAUGAAAAGAGCACAUUGCAGGCAACAUCUUGGUACAAUCUGAUACACAGCGAAAACCUAAGGGAGGCACAGAGCAAACACAGACUAAUAACCCAAUCGGAACAGGAUCGCAGCUGUAUCCUGCUGGUGCGAAUGCAGCGCUCCAGUGGCGAAUACACAUGGGUCCAUGUGGUGCUACAGGUACGGGACAGUCCAGACUCCACCCAGCAGCCUGUGAUUGUGUGCACCAAUCAAGUGCUCAAUGAUCGCGAGGCAUCCGUAAUGCUGGCCAACUCCUGGCUGUACCAUUACUACACGGUACAGUCAAAGAUUCAGUUCGGCAUGCCGCUGGACAGUGGCAUGCGCGUGCCGCCGGGCAGCACCUCCAGCGGCUAUUACAGUCCCCACUCGACGCACUCCCAGCAGCCGCAGGGCGGCACCACGCCCGGCCUGAGCAUGACGAAUGCGGCGACAGGGAUGGCGAGUGUCUUUGGCAGUCAUCAUCAUCCGCAUCAUCCGCACCAUACGCACCACCAUCAUCAUCACCACCAUCCAGCGGCUGCCUACCAUCAUCAUCCGCAUAUGGGGACCUAUGGCGGCGUCUAUCACGCGGAGGCUGCCAUCGAGCUGAAGGAGGAUCAGCCGCUGUUCAGCUUUCAGGAGCCCGUCGACUAUAGUCAGGUGAACGGUGGCGCUGGCACUGGCAGCGGUGGCAACGGUGUCAGCCCAGUCACACCCAACGCCAGCACCACCUCCAAUCCCACAAGCAGCGGCAGCCAAAAGUCCACACAAUCAGCCACACCUCCGCCUCCAAAAAAGCGCGCCAGGAACAAGCUGGAGCCGCUGUAUCUGCAUGCGGAACGCUCUCCGGCGGCAGCCAUUACGCCCGAACCGGACUGCUAUGCCCUGCACACGCAUCCGGCGGCGGCAUAUGCCACAUCGGCGGUGGCCAGCAGCGAUGCCUCGGUCAUCUAUGCCACCAUUGUGCCAACGAGACCGCGGCUGCCCAACAAAUCACUGCCGCCCGAUCCGGCGGACUUUAUCGAGCAGUGGAAUCCCAGUCCGCCGUGGUCAGAGUCCGCACAGAAGGCCUCACUCGACAGCUUUGGGUCCAACCACGAGCUGAGUCCCUGCAUCACGACCACACCGCCCACGCCCACCAGUGCGACGCCCCACCAGAGUGGCCUUGGCACGCAGACCAUUGGACCGGCCUUCAGCUUUGAGUGGAUGUCCGAUCCACUGGUGCCGCUGACCUAUCAGCAGUGGCCACCCACAGGAGACCAUCACCAGCAGCUGUCACAGCAUCUGGCCGCGACACAGCAGCAGCAUCAGCAGCAGCAGCAGAACCAGCCACAUCAUCAUCAUCCGCACCAGCAUCAGCAGCAUCUCCUUCUCCAGCAGCAGCAGCAGCAGUCACAGCAGCAGCAGUCCCAGCAGUCUCAACAUUUAACACUUCAUCAUGUCCACGUGGCGGGGGGGACGACAACAACAACAACGACAACGGCAACGCGUGCGGAGCAUUCCAUCGAUGGGGUAGCGCCAGUUCCAUCACUAGCGAUACCCCUACCCAUACCGAUACCGAUACCCAUAGCGAUACCGCUGACGGUGACCACGGGCCAUGCAGAUGCCGGGGAACCGGUUGAGGAUAGAGAUCCCAAAAAUUAGUGAGCAGCAAAACAAAACAAAAACAAACAAAAAAGCUCGGAAAUACCCAGAGAUCGGAUCAGAUCGGAUCGGAUCGGCUUGCAACGGGCGGCGGCCAGGUGAUAAUCACACUUAAAUUAAUUGCCACUUGUCAUCUUAGCGUUUAAAUUAUUUUUAUCGAAACGAAAAGCAAACACAAACGGAAAAAACAAUAAAAUUUUUGCGCUAUAACACAUUCAUUUCUCUACGAGUAUAUAAUAUAUCAACUAAUUUAAGUAAUUUCCAUGGAAGCCAUUGUUUUUUCCACCUCUCUCUCUCCCUCUGCUUUUCGUAUGUGCAAUCUCGGAAGACACUUAAAAAUAAAUGUAUGCAAUAUGUGUUGUAUGAAAAUGGGCACUUGGAAAUUAGUUUUGCGAUAGCAAAACGGCAGCAGCAAACAGCAGUAAAAAUAAUAUAACAAAAUAGCAAAAACAACCGAAGCCAAGAGAGCUCUAUUAGUUGUAGCGUUUCUUAUUAGCGUUAUUUUUUAUGGCAUGCGCUUGAAACAUUUUUACGAUGAACUAUUUCUGUAUCUUGUAUCUGUAUCUUAACAUGCCCAUAUGUAUAGGUUUAUGUGUGCAUUAACUUUGUGCGUAAUUCGUCGACGAUUUAGGUUAAUUAUUUUAUUUAUUAAACGUUUUAU